GACUGCAGCUCCGACCACACAGGACAGACUGGAACGCGCCCAUUUUCAAAUUUGCGCAGUCGCAAUGAUGAAAGCAUUCGAGAAACACCGCCAUUAUUGCGUAGCUAGUGUGACUAUUGCAUUGUGUUGGCGACGUAAACAAAAAUUACCUGCAAUAAUGAGGGCAAUUGUGGAAUUUGGUGGGAGUAAGACCAUAUAGUGCGCGCCGUUUGCAUAGGGUGCCUUUGACCAGCUCAAGAUGUCCGCAGAGAUGCUCAGCAUUCCUCUUGGCACGAGCAAGCUCAAUGUGUUGGUGACCAAACUGCAUGGGUUCUUGGCUCAUGCUCCAGAGGAAGAUGAUGACACACUGGUGACUGAAAGUCCUGAGGGUAUAACGAACAAGGACUGUGUGGAGCCACACUCAACAGACCGAAACUCCCUUGAGACCUCAACAGACGCCUUGAAGCAGUCCAGAUGUGGUUCCAGGAGAAAACCUUCCGUUGUGAUUAAACACAGUGGACUGGAUGAAUCUGGUGCUUCAAAUGAAAGUGAUGAUGACUGCUUGAUCGUCAAUUCAAACGGUUAUCCUGAUGUAACAAGAUUGCCUAAAGGUACUGCACUGGUGAGGCCUGAGCCGGUGGAUAAUGUCAGAGAUGACUUCCGAGGUACAGAAUUCCAUUGUGGAAAAUCUGGUAAUCUGAGGAGAGUUUUUUCCAGGAGACGUGGAGGAGGUGAACACUUGGAGAUUGUCAGCUGUACAGCCUGUGGCCAGCAAGUUAACCACUUCCAGAGGGACUCCUUCAAUCAGCAUCCGGUACUCAAAGUACUUAUUUGCAAGUCUUGUUUCAAGUAUUACUCAAGUGAUGACAUCAGCAAGGAUUGUGAUGGCAUGGACGAACAGUGCAGAUGGUGUGCAGAGGGGGGAAACCUGAUCUGCUGUGACUUUUGUCCCAACGCCUUCUGUAAGAAAUGCAUUUUGCGCAAUCUGGGGCGAAAGGAGCUGUCUGCCAUCCUGGAUGAGGAGAGUAAGUGGUACUGCUACGUAUGCAGCCCAGAGCCUCUUCUGGACCUGGUUGUCGCCUGUGACAACGUCCUUGACAACCUGGGGAGUUUGUGGCAAGACCACCGCAAGAGGGGCAGAGGUGAUGGCAAAUCUGGACAUUGUGACUCCCAUCCCAGGCAUUCUCAAAACAUUCCCACUGGUCAUUGGAACCAUAGUGGCAUGGAUGGUCAUGUGGUGUUCAACUACAACACCCUUCAAAUUCCAGAGGAGAUGGCCAAAAAGGCAAAAAACCUUGUGGACUCUACAAACACUGUAAACACAACUUUCGUGAAGUUCAUUCAAGGUGGAAUGGAUUUUAAGCGACAAUACUUGAAGACUUUCCAGUCAGUACUGAAGGGUCUAAAGCAGUCCCACACAGCUCUGGAGGAAGCCCUUUGGGAGGAGUUCAAGGAGAUUGGUCUGCUAAAUGAUGGGGGAAACCCCACUUUUGAUACUGAUGCACCUCAACAAGCACAAGAGGGUUGUGUGGAAAUGGACAUUGUUGAUAAAAAUUGCCUGCAUUACUUAAAGAAAAUUGCAGCUGAACAUUUGGAAGAGAAUGAUUCAGACUCUAAGGGCUUUACGGAUGAUGAAAGGCCUUCGUCCUCAAGUGAAAUGAAAGGUGUCCUUGGCACAGAAAUAAUGCCCCGUCGAGGUAGAGGCAGGCCACGGAAAAACUCCAAACCCGGAGAAGAUCCUUCCAACAUGACAAAACAACUGGUGGUGCAACUUACACCUGUCCCUGUUGAAAAACAGCCACCCUCUGGCCCCCCAGAGUUGGAGGUGGAGUUGGAGGAGAAAAAGGAGUUGCAGGAAGAAAUAAAAGAAGUGGAUGAACGGAAGGGACACUGUGAUUCUAUUGAACCUGCAACAGAAGGGGAGUAUGAAUCUGCUGAGGAGGGAAACGAAUCUCUGGUGCUGGAACUGGAAGAUGAACCAGAGAAUAGACGCUCACCUCGGGUAAAGACCACGCCCUUACGCAGGCCAGGUGAGGGCAAGACCAAGCCUACCCCCUCAGGCGCUGACAGUGAGGGUGACUCCGACCCUGACACCAGCCCCAAUGUUGAAGUCCCUCAAGGAGCUGAUGAGGGAGGGCUUGGGAGAGGAAUUGAAGACUCGGACUCCGAUGAGGUCCCUGCUGUCCUUCAGCGGGCAGCCAUGGCUCGCAGUUCAGACGAAGCCGGGAGUGACAAUGGAGACCAUCGGAGCGUGACCAAGAAAUGCCUCUUCGGCCUGAAGAAGAACACGCCCCUCUCUCCAGAAAGAGUGGUCCGCAAACGCAAGGUGCAAGACCGCUCCUCUGACUCUGACUCCUCCAGUUACAAUCCAGACCUGCAGAAGGAGAUCAAGAUUAUGAGCAGGCCCAGGGGGAGGCCUCGGAAGGCUAAGAGAGAGGAUGAACCUACCCCCAGCAAGGAUAGUCCACAACAUAGGCCCCCGGGCAGACCUCGGAAGGUCAAGAAAGAGAAUGAAUCCGCAUCCAGCAAGGAGGGUAAUACCCAGAUAACCAAGCCUAAAAGCACACCUCGGUCCCAGCAGAGAACAAAGCAGUCGCCAUCCUCUUCCAGUCAAGAAGAGGGAGACCAGGAUUCUGAGUCUAGCGACGACAGUGGUGACCAGAAGAUUAAGCCCAUCACUGAGGAGAUGGCCUUACUGGGGUCAGCAGCUUUCCACCAGUCAUCUGGCGAUGAAGAGCAGACCCGGUCUGGGCCUUCUUGGGAAGCAGAAGAUGAUGACGAUCCAGAAAAUAGAAUCGCUAAGAAAAUGCUCUUGGCCCAAAUCAAAGCCAACUACUCAUCGGGGGAGGAUUUCUCUUCAGACGUGGAGUCAUCACAGGAUGAUGAAUCUGACAGGGAAGAGAAGGCGCAGGAAGAUGGGAAAGAUGAAAGCUCAGAUGAGAAUGGGGAGACCUCCAGUUUGACCUCUGACUCUGAGUCCAGUAAAACUCGUCACAGACACUGUCUGCUACGCCACAAGCUCAGCCUUGACGAUGGAAAUCCAAGUGAUCAGAAAAGAGCUGAAGAAAAUGGGAACGCGCUGAAAGUCAAGAAGUCUAGAAGAACCGAAGGUGAGACAUGGGAGAGCCAGAGUAGUGAUGAUAGCCAAUCAGAACAGGAAGAGUCUGGUAUGAGUGAAGAGCUGAGCCAAUCUGAGAACGAGGGCAAUGAACAGAAGCCCAAAAGCUCAUCUACUUCAAGAGUCGAGAGGGAAUCAGUCCGUAGUUAUCUACAGAAGAAGCAGCAACCCUCAUAUAUUGUGCUGUCUGACUCCAGCGUCGAUAAGAGUGAAGAUGACGAGAAGGACAACGAGGAAGGGGACAACAAAGGUACACCUAAGGGCCGCAAGAAGAUCCGCAGAAUCAUCAUAGAUGAGCACCUUCGCUCAGAGACCCAGAGAGCCCUGAAGGACGAGGAGGAUAGAUGCAGACGCCUGGCAGAAAGAGAGCAGAGGGAGGACUUCAGAGAGGUGAUUGUUAUUGACGAUGAGGUGUCUCAAGUGGCCUGUCCAAUCACCACUAAGCUGGUCUUGGAUCAGGAUGAGGGGACCAGGGAGCCACUUAUUCAGGUGCACAGGAACCUGGUGACCAGGCUCAAGCCUCACCAGGUGGAUGGUGUGCAGUUUAUCUGGGACUGUUGUUGUGAGUCAGUGAAGAAGGCCAAUUCAACCCCUGGAUCAGGUUGCUUACUGGCCCACUGCAUGGGCCUAGGGAAGACACUGCAGGUGGUGACAUUCCUCCACACAAUGCUGCAGUCAAGGUGCCUGAACUUCAGGACUGCCUUGGUGGUGUGUCCACUCAACACUAUCCUUAACUGGGUCAACGAGUUUGACAAGUGGCAAGUUAACAUGGGAGCUGACAAAGUCAAGGUGACAGAGUUGGCAACACUGAAGCGACCUCAGGAGCGUUAUAUUGCCCUGCAGAAAUGGCAGAAGGAUGGUGGUGUUAUGAUCAUGGGCUAUGAGAUGUACCGCAACCUCACACUAGGCCUCAAAGUCACCCACAGACAAUUCAAAAAGACCUUUAACAGCACACUGGUCGAUCCAGGUCCAGACUUUGUGAUCUGCGAUGAGGGGCACAUCCUUAAGAACGAGGCGUCCAACAUCUCCAAAGCUAUGAGUGCCAUUAAGACCAAACGGAGAGUGGUACUGACAGGCACACCACUGCAGAACAACCUCAAUGAGUACCACUGCAUGGUGAACUUCAUCAAGGAGAACCUUCUGGGUUCAAUCAAGGAGUUCCGGAAUCGGUUUAUCAACCCCAUUCAGAAUGGCCAGUGUGCAGACUCCACCCCCAGAGAUGUCCGCAUCAUGAAGAAUCGCGCCCAUGUCCUUCAUGCAAUGUUGGCGGGAUGUGUACAGAGGAGAGACUACUCAGCCUUGACCAAGUUCCUGCCCCCUAAACAUGAGUAUGUUAUGGCGGUGAGGGUGACCCCCCUACAGUACAGACUGUAUCGCUACUACCUGGACAACUUCACUGGAGCAGGAUCCGUAGUUGAGGGAGCCAGGGGCAAAACUGGAACCAGCCUCUUUAAGGACUUCCAGAUUCUCAGCCGAAUCUGGACGCAUCCCUGGUGUCUGCAGCUCAACUAUAUCAGUAAAGAAAAUAAGGGCCAUUUUGAUGGAAAGCACCAGGGGAAAGCUGAGAGUAAAGAGAAGGAGAACAAGGGAAAAUUGCGUAAUGCUGAUGAAAAAAGCAAUGAUGUGGAAGUGAUCAUGGUGUGGAACAGCUCAUCAAAGGGUGUCAAUGUGGAAGGAGACCAGCGAGCAGGUCCACUGGUUCCAGUGGUAGAUGCGGUGAGAGCGUCCACCAGUUUCAGGCCUGACAGUCCGGCUGCAGACUGGUACAAGGAUAUGCUGAGUGAUUCUGACGCCACCAUCCUGGGACACUCAGGGAAGAUGGUGCUGCUGUUUGAGAUUCUCCGAAUGGCAGAGGAACUGGACGACAAACUGUUGGUGUUCAGUCAAUCCUUGAUCUCAUUAGACAUGAUUGAAGAUUUCUUGGACCUCGCUAACAAAGCCAAAGACAACGGACAAUCAUCCCUAUACAAAGGUGAUGGCAGCUGGAUCAGAAACAUUGACUAUUACCGUAUUGAUGGGUCCACCAGUGCCACAUCCAGGAAGAAAUGGGCUGAAGAGUUCAAUGAUGCCACCAAUGAGCGAGGUCGUCUAUUUCUCAUCUCGACAAGAGCUGGGUCCCUUGGGAUCAACCUGGUAGCAGCUAACAGGGUCAUAAUUUUUGACGCUUCGUGGAACCCCUCCUAUGACAUCCAGAGCAUCUUCAGGGUGUACCGUUUUGGCCAGCUGAAGGCAGUGUUUGUCUACCGCUUCUUGGCACAGGGCACCAUGGAGGAGAAGAUCUACGACCGGCAGGUGGCCAAGCAAUCUCUAUCGUUCCGGGUGGUGGACCAGCAGCAGAUACAGAGACACUUCACUCUGUUUGAACUGACAGAGCUUUACAUGUUUGAGCCAGACCUGCUGGAUGACCCCAACUCUGAGAAGAAGAGCAAGAGGAUCACACCCCUGCUGCCCAAGGACAUGGUGCUGGCAGAGCUGCUGCAGAUCUGUAAGGAGCAGAUUGUCCGCUACCAUGAACACGAGUCCCUGCUGGACCACAAAGAGGAGGAGGAGCUCAGUGAGGCUGACCGCAAAGCUGCCUGGGCUGAGUACGAGGCAGAGGGUGCAUUCUUCUUGAAUAAGGCAGCACACAACAGCACCAGCACCAACGUUCCCAUCUCCUCCACCUCUCGUAUGGCCAACAGUCUGUCAUCCCUGUACAAGAAGACUAAUGAGCAGCUGAAGAACAUGAUUAAUGCCAGCCGUGACGAGGUCAGCGAGGCCAUCAAGUCCCUGCAUUCCUUAAAGAACCUCUCCGUGGAUGACUAUGUGUUGCGCUUGUGGCACGAUAACCCAAGUCUAGAUGAGAAGCAGGUGAAAGUCCUGGCCCAGACCUGGAAAACCAGCAAUGACAAGGAGCGGGAGCGAAGACGGGCCUUAUAUCAUGACCUUCUCUCAAAACAACAAUCACUUACAAUGUGCAUCCAGACCAUUUUGACCAGUAGAAUAACUGAAGUGACACAGACUGCCACGGUCACCAAUCAGUCACCAGCCUUGACAGACUCCGUUAAGAAACCCAUGCAGUGAGGCAGCAGAGACGUCUCUAGCCUCAGUCCCGUUCCACUAGAGGACACACUAGUCUAACCGCAGUAACUAUAGAGGGUACUUGAUCCCCCCUAAGGGGUGAUAGAUGUAACAUUUCCGUUAAGGAUUUCCUUUAUUUUACAUUGAAAAUGAAUGUAUGUGGCGGCAGGUAACCUAGUGGUUAGAGCGUUGGGCCAAUAACCGAAAGGUUGCUGGUUCGAAUCCCCGUCAUCAAUGGCUGAUCCCUAGCUUUGAACCCACUCUCCGAGGGUGUCUUAUGGGGAGUGGGAUAUGCAAAACAAUUACUAUGUACAUGUGUGAAAUAGGACAAAUGUAAGCACCCACCCUAUUAUUAUUAUGUUCUAUAGCAGGGGUGUUAAACCCUUACCCUACGAGGUCCAGAGCCUGCUGGUUUUCUGUUCUACCUGAUAAUUAAUUGCACGCACCUGGUGCGCCAGGUUCUAAAUCAGUCCCUGAUUAGAGGAAACAAUAAAAACAAGCAGUGGAACUGGCUUUGAGGUCCAGAGUUGAGUUUGAGGGUUCUAUAGCAAAGAUAUUAUGUUAAAGGGGCAGUGCAGUGAAAUUUGAUUUUCAAGUUUUUAUGUAUUUCCACACUGAGGUUGGAAAAACACUCUGAAAUUGUGAAAAUUAUGAUAAUGCCCUUAUACUGUAGUUUAAGAGCUUUUUAAAAGAAAACGUUGAAUUUCAGUCUGUUCAGGUGGGAUUGAGUUUUUGGUCCACGUCGUGACAUCACAAUCUGAUCUGAUUAUUCUGCCAAUGACCAGUCAUCUUUGCAUAUGUAUCCUCCUACUUUAAAAGGGUAAGCGGGGUAGGCUCCAGAGUGUAGACGAUCCUAUCCGUCAAUAAGGGCUGUGUAUGUAAAUAUAUUUAUAUUUGUAUCAACACACCCACACGAUCAGACUGAGCAUUUCAAUGGCAAAAUGAGGCUCAGGGAAAUAAAUUAUACAAAAUAUAUUUUGGAGUUAUUUUCGUGAUAAACACAGUGAUGAUUUAUUCCAUUUAAAGGCUGCAUGGGGGCUUUAAAUAAAUAUUCUGCCUUGGAAAAGGUUUUCCUAUGUGAUUAAUGGUAUAAUUGUCUGUUUCUCUGAUGCUAUAAUAAAAAUCUGUUAAUUCG